UUUCACUUCAGGUGUAGUUCCCCUAGGUGGUCCUGGCUUUACCUGAGGAUCUCUGAACGAGUUUCUCAUCUUACAAGUAUUGGUUUUAUCCUCCCUUCCCUGUAGGUCAUUGAAACUAAAGCUCUCCAUCACUGUAGAUCAUCAUAUGCUCUCAAAAGGACUGCUCCCGUCAAAAGGACUGCUCCCUUGAAUACUCCAAGUUUAUGUUCUCAUCUUGCCUUUGGCCCCUGACAGUUACAUCUACCUUCUUGAAAGCUCAAUCAUAUGUUUGGGGGGAAAAUGGAUAUUUUGUUUUAUUUUUAUAGUAGGAAGAAUUUUUUUAAAGAUAUUUAAUUCAUCUUAUUCCAGCAAUGGAAUUCCUAUUCAGUAUCUUCUUUGAGCAUAGGAGCAACAUCUAGGACUUCUUCUGUGUUCCCUCCCAUGGUUAUUUCCAAACAUAACUAAUGAUGUUUCAUUAACUACAAUCUUCUGGGGCUAUUGUUUAAGUCUCUGGCGCUACCUCAAACCCAGAGAAUUAGAGUCUCCCUCUGGGUGAAAAAAAUCCUAGGAAUCUGAAGUUUUAAAGCCCCUCAGACAAUCUGAAUCCUCACCCAGGCUUGUGGGCCAUUGCACUCUUACUGGGAAUAGUGCGGGGUUCUCAAUAAAAUCUUAUGUAUUCUGAGAUCGUUAAUAGUAUUGGUUUCUUCAAAGGGGAAGGGCAUUUUUAGUGUACAUUUUAUUUUCUGGACAUGCUUCCACAUUGUCUAGCUCUAAAUUUUGUUAAAUGAAGAAUUCAAAUUUCAGAUCCAUUUUCCCAUAUAGUCUGUUGUCCACAGCCAUCAGCCACCAUAUGUAUUCCUGAGGAGCUGAGUAGCAAGCAAAAAAGUAUCUUCUUUGGCACCUCUCUUUGAACAAAACCUGGGCAUCUGCUGGUCCCUCACUGAAACGUGAGGUGGGAUAUUGACUGUGGAAGCCCACAGUCCAGAAGCCUGUGGUGCUGGCCCUCUGCACACCGCAGCUGCCCCAGCUUUCCUGGCCGUCCCUGCUCUGUGCAGUUUUCUGCCUCAUUCAUCAUGGCAGCGCUAUACUGUGAGGUGAUUGGCCACAUAAUAUAUUUAGCAGCAAACCUCUCUCUGACUUGGAAUAUGCAAAUGUUAUUCAUUAGAUGCUGGCUCUGCAGCUGUUACCUUUUCUGAGGCUCCAGCCAAUUUCACUUGACUAAAGAUUCCUUGGUGGGAAGGAUUCACAUGCAAUCUUGAGUUACCACACUACAGAGGUGAUCAGUGAAGCCACCUCAUUCCAGAGUUUGGUUAUACAUUGUGCACAAUGUGAAACCCACAAAGAAAUGAUGGGUUUUUCAUUUUAAUUAGGCCAUAGAUCCUGCUCUUGCUAUUUUAAGUUAAAUUGUAAAUUUCGGGUAGAGGGAGGUAAUUUCUCAUAUUGCCUAUCAUCUAAACACAAGAGCCUUCAUUAUGAAAUGAUCAUAAAGAUUUGCUAUUAUGAGAGAGACGUUUAACGUAAACAUCUACUGUAAACAAGUAGAUUUAGUGCUAUUAAGUUGCCUUAGUGUGAAGGGGGUUUAAGGACUUUUUUGUUUUUAUUUUGUUUUAAUCACUUGGCUUCAAUCCCUUUAAGACAGUCAUAAGAAAAGCUAAUUGCUUUUAUAUCAUAUCAAGUUCUAAAGUUGUUUUCCCCCAGUAGGUACUGAGUCAUUGAGAUCAAUCCCUCAGGGAAAAAAAAGAGGAAAAAUGGUUAAAUGCAGAAUAGGUUUUCAACAAAUGCUUAUUACUUGAUCAUUUCUGCUUGUGUCCUUAUUACCUGAUAAACCAAUUUCUUCCACCAGGGAGUAAACAAACCUUGGAAACCCAAUUGCUUUUUUGUUUCUUCCUUUUCUUCCUUUGAUUCAUUUCUUUAGGUAUUUACUAGGUGCCUUUUAUGCAACUGUUCUAGGGACUGAGAAUGUGUGUCUUAGUAAUUACAUGGAUUUUAUUUUUAGUGUGAGAGACAGAAAAAACAACACAAAUUAGCAUUUGUUGGUUUUUAUCCUGAUUGGCUGAUUUAUCUUUUAAAAGGCUCACUCAGACUGCUGGGUGGAGAUUAGAUAAUAAGGGUGGGGACAAGAGUUAAAACAAGGUGGAGAGAUGAGAGAUAUUGGCGGCUUAGCAGUGGUGGUGAUGAGAAAUAUAUACUUAUAUUUCAAAUCUAGAGCCUAUAGGAUUUACUGACAAAUUGGUUAUAGAGUGUGAAAAGAAUGGGGUCAAGGAUGAUGCCUACAUUUUUAGACUGAGUAAACCAGCCUAUAUAGUGGUCAUUUACUGAGAUGGGAAAAGCAGAUGGAGAGUGGAAGUUUGAGGAAAUAAGAGAACAUGUGAUGUUUAUAUACCUAUUAGACACCCAAAUGGAAAUAUCACCUAUGCAAUUGGAAAUGCAAGUCUGAAGUUAAAGGGAGAAGUGUGGGUAGGUAUGUCCAUGUGGAGCCAACCAUCUAUAGGUGAUGGUUAAAGCUGUGGCAGAGAAUGAGAUCACCUAGGGACCGAGCAUAGAUGGUGAAGGGAAGUCUGCAGUCUACUGCUGAGUCCUAGAGGCACUCCAACAUUUAGAAGUCAAGAAGAAGAGGAGAUCUUGCAAAGGAAGGAGAGAAAAAAGAGAAUAUUUUGUGAAGGAUAGAAUGGUCAGCUGUAUCAAAUGAUAGUGAGAAGUCAAGUAAGAAGAGGACUGAAAAUUAACCACUGGAUUUUAACAAUGUGGUAGUGGUUAUUGGUGUCAGUGGAAUGUGUUGAAGACUGGGAGCUCAGGAAGUAGUAACAGCUGUAUCUGAGAUGACUCUUGAGCAGUCUUGCUGUUAAGAGGAGCAGAGAAAAGGAGACAUAACUGUAGGAAAUAUGAGGGCAAGGGAGGGCUUUUUUGUUUAACACUCUUCAACCUUUGUAACAGAAUAGAGGACAGAGGAUAUGGGCACAGAUGCUAGUAACCUGGUAGACAUGAUGCUCGAAGGAUAAAGUUCUCUUUGGAUUGCUUCUGUUUUCUCAGUUAAAUGAGACACAAAAUCAUAGGCUGAGAGUGAGGAGAAGGGGAAAGAGGAAUUGUAAAUUUGAAAAGCAAUGACAAGAUGUGAACUAAACAUUUUGGAGAGUAUGCUGCCUAGGAUUUCAGACAUUUUCAGACUCUGAGAUAAAAGUGUGAUCUCAGAAAUACCAAGUAUUCCUAUGGAUGUUCUGCUGAAAGGAACCAAAAUAGGAAUCAUUCAGGCCAAAAAUCAUUAAGGAUAACCAGAGUGCUGCUGUCAUUUGUUCAGGCUGAUCUUGCAUCUUUAAUGGAUAAAACAUUUGAGAGAAAGUUGCCUGUUAGUUCUUUAACAAUAUCACGGCUUGUAGACAACAUUUCAUCUCGGGAAGAGAUAGAUCAUGCAGAGUAUUACCUUUACAAAUUUCGACACAGCCCCAACUGCUGGUACCUGAGAAACUGGACUAUCCACAGCUGGAUUAGGCAGUGUCUAAAAUAUGAUGCACAAGACAAAGCCUUAUAUACCCUUGUAAAUAAGGUUCAAUAUGGAAUUUUUCCAGAUAACUUUACAUUCAAUUUACUGAUGGAUUCUUUCAUAAAGAAAGAAAAUUACAAAGAUGCUUUAUCUGUGGUUUUUGAGGUCGUGAUGCAAGAAGCCUUUGAAGUGCCUUCCACCCAACUUCUCUCCCUCUAUGUUUUAUUUCAUUGCCUGGCAGAGAAGACAGACUUCAGUUGGGAAGAGGAGAGGAACUUUGGAGCAUCCCUAUUGCUUCCAGGCCUAAAACAAAAGAACUCAGUGGGUUUCAGUUCCCAGUUGUAUGGCUGUGCACUUCUUGGGAAGGUGGAGUUGCAGCAAGGGCUACGGGCUGUGUACCACAACAUGCCUCUGAUAUGGAAACCAGGCUACCUUGACAGAGCCCUGCAAGUGAUGGAGAAAGUGGCUGCCUCCCCAGAAGACAUAAAGCUGUGUAGAGAAGCGCUCCAUGUGCUGGACGCAGUGCUGAAGGCUCUGACUUCAGCUGAUGGGGUUUCAGAGGAGCAGUCCCAAAAAGAUGAAGACAAGCAGGAGUGGGAAAAACUGGUGGAGCAGUUAGACAUCGAGGAAACAGAACAGUCGAAGCUUCCUCAGUACCUGGAACGAUUUCAGGCCUUACAUUCUAAGCUUCAGACUCUGGGCAAAAUUGAGUCAGAAAGUCUUUUAAGUCUGACCACCCAGCUUGUCAAGGAAAAACUCUCCGCCUGUGAAGCAGAGGACAUCGUCACCUAUGAGCAGAAUCUGCAGCAGUGGCAUCUAGACCGUGUACAGUUGAUCCAGAGAGAACAGGAACAGAGGGAGAAAGCGAAGCAGGAGUACCAGGCUCAGACAGUAGCGAAGGCAUCUGCCUAAUUGGGUCCCCCAGGACCCCACCCCUCUCACAAAAACUUCACUCAACCCCGUGCCAGGAUUCAGCAGUGGCCUGGACAGCAGUCUCCACUUUCUCUACCCAUCUUCUUUUCUUUAAGCAGGCUAUGUGCCCUACAUGGCAAGGCACCAUGACUGCCCAUCGAGAUGCCAAGAAGGGCUGUGGAAUUAUGCAGGUGGCUAGUGGUCAGACUGAAGUCACCGGCUGAAUACCUUAAGGAGGGCUCUUGAGGCUCAUGAUGGAGUUCCUGGGUCACAGGGAUUAGUUAUGAGCAUUAAAGUUCCUAAGACCCAGUAACGGUACUGGGAGAAACCAAGGCUGAAGAGUCAAGUCUGAAGCAUGGGCUUUUCUUUUUUGUUGUUUUUGUUUUUUGAGACAGAGUCUCACUCUGUCACCCAGGCUGGAGUGCCGUGGUGCAGUCUCAGCUCACUGCAACCUCCGACUCCUGGGUUCAAGCAAUUCUCCUGCCUCAGCCUCCUGAGUAGGUGGGAUUACAGGUGCACACCACCACCCCCGGCUAAUUUUUGUAUUUUUAGUAGAGAUGGGGUUUCACCAUGUUGGUCAGGCUGUCCUUAACCUACUGACCUCAAGUGAUCUGCCCGCCCCGGCCUCCCAAAGUGCUGGGCUGAUAGGUGUGAACCACCGCGCCCAGCCAAGCACAGGCUUUUGAAUGGUCUCCCUCUCCCCAGCCCAGGCACGUGAGGCCAAGGUGAGCUGUGCAUCCUGAGACCUUGUGUCCCUGAGUCUUCUCUCUGAGUGCAAGCUGCACUAUGGGCUGGCUGUAGGAUACUCACACAUUCCCACGUUCUCCUUUCUGGCACAUCUUGCCCUUCUGGACCUGCACUGGGAGAAAUUCAGGACAGGAGUGAACUCAAGGCCAUGAACUCGCUGGAUUUCAGUUUUUAGGCACCCACUGGGACGUUUUUAGGAUGUAAGAGUUUUUGAGGAGAAAGCUAGCUCUAGCAUGAAGCCUUUUUGGCUUGGCUUCUCCAUCGUGUUGGGGUAACAUUUUUUUUUUCCAAUUUUUUUUUUUCUAAAACAUUAUCUCAGCUCGUUUAUCAAGUAGGUGAAAUGAGCCUUUUGUGUACACACAGGCACAUGUGCGCACACACAGCUUGUGAACACACAUUUUCUGUUGAAGUUAGAAAAUGAGAGAUGGGUUGAGGCUUGAAGUGCGUCAGAGAUACGAAUGUUGUCAAACUGUCAGGAGAUGGAAAAUUCCUUUCUGAAGUUUCUCGUCUGUGAAAGUGGUCAGGGCAGAUUUUGCUUACUGUGUAGUGUUGCCCUUAAGUACAGUGGUGUAAUUUUAUUCAAGAUUGUCCUCUUCUGUCAAAAACCUCUGGAAAUAAAUGUUUGGGAUCACGUUA